AUGGCGAUAAAUUUAACUAUUUAUAAUUGGAAACUCCUUGUCCUAUUAUUAUCAGUUUAUGUACAAACUGUUACAUCAUUGUGGGAAUAUGCUAUUUGCACAAAACAAAAUAUAAUUUUCUACGACACUAAUUGGAAUGAGGUAGCAGAAGCGGCGAGUAAAAACUUUGAGAACUUAAAGGCAAUAACCUACGAUACAACACAUAAUGUUUUCUAUUUUACUGAUCGUCAUGGUGAUGUAACGUACAUCAAUAGCUUAAAGCUUAGAAAUGAUGGAUCAUGGACAUCGAAGAUACUAAUAGAACUGAAUGAGAAGGAAAUGAUUGAAGACAUUGUCUAUGAUUUUAACGAUGAUAUUCUGUUCCUUAGUGAUAAGAGGAAAAUUCUAAAAAUUUCUUUUGACAGAACUGAUUCAGAAAAUGUAAAGCCAAUAAAAGAAAUCUUUCUAAACAUCACGAAUGGAUCACCAUCUGGCCUAGAACUUGACACAUGUAAAAGACAUUUGUAUUAUACAAUUUUAUCAGGAUCAUCCACAAUCAAUUCAAUUUCAAUCAAAGACAUGCAAAAUGAAAUCAUCUGUAAAAACUGUGAGAAAUAUCGUCCAAAUGCCAUUGCUAUGGACCCAAGAACUGAUCGAAUUUACAUUGCUGAUAAAAAAUCAAAUGUCUAUUACAUUAAUUCCUUCACAUCAGAUAGUGACUUUAAACAAGAAUUAAAGGCAAUUGACAAAACACCAAGAAGCAUAGCUGUUGAUCAUGAAUAUGUUUAUUAUGUUGAUGGAAGUGAGCACAGUUUGAGAAGGCUUUUAAAGCACCGAAAGAAUGAUGAAAUUUCAGAGUUUAUGAUAAAGUUUAAGCAAGAUCCAACAGAUAUUAUUGUUAAAAGUAGCUUCAUUGAUGCUAUUAAUGUUGAUUUAGAGAAAUGUGACAUUACUAAAGAAAGACUAGAGGAAGUUAUGAAGAGAAAAGAUGAUGUGAAAAGGGAAGAAGUUGUUUGUCAAAAAGCAUCACUUACAAAGCCAAAAAAGACAUGCCUUCAUGGUGGAAUCUUCGAUGAGGAUUCAUCAAAUUGCAUUUGUAAGGAUUCACGCUAUGAUGGAGAUAACUGCGAAAUAGAUUUGUGCUACAACUUCUGUAUGAAUGGAGGAGAAUGUUCAGUUGAAAUUGACACUAGACCUGUUGCUAAAUGUUCGUGUACAAAAGGAUUUAUUGGCGAUCGCUGUGAAAUUGAUGUUUGCCUAAAUUAUUGCUUUAACAAUGGAAAAUGCAGCGUAGAUUCAAUGAAAAGACCUGUUUGUGAAUGUACAAAUGCCAACAGUGGAAAAAGAUGUGAAAAUGAUCAUUUUGUAGAACAACCUGUUGAAAUUGCAACAACAAAAUCGAUACGUACAACAACAGAAGAAGCAGAUGAUGACGAUGAGCGUGAAAACAGGAAUAUGAUGAAAUGUCCUGUACGAAUGAAUCUCACUUAUGUCAUUCUUGGCGUUUGUUUUACACUGUCAUUGCUAUUCUUCCUUAUAAUCAUGUUGGUUAUUCAUCGCUUACAUAAGCCUGUUAGACCAAAAAUCCGUAAGAAGUAUGUCGUCCAUAAAAAUAUUGAGCCAUUAACUUGUCGUCCAACAACAGAGCAAUGUGAAGUCAUCAUUGAGGAUUGCUGUAACAUGAACAUUUGUGAAACUCCAUGCUUUGAUCCAAAAAUCCUCCAGCAAGAGAUCAAUGAAAAGAACAUCAAAGUGAAAUUGACAACGAGUAAAAAAUGCAGCAGUAAAGAAGACAAACAGGAUCUACUGAACAAUAUGGAACAUAAUCAAUGA